UCAACAAAUGCUUUGUCCAUAUAAUAAUCACUACACUGGCAUAGUUGUGAUAACUUAAUGCAUCGGGUAGGAUCCUCGCGGGUCUUUCUACUAUGUCAACAAGAGGCAUAAAAUUCCAAUACAGCAUAGGAGAAUGCGUCCUCUGUUUCGAACCUGAUCCAACAAAAGCCAGAGUUUUAUACGACGCGAAGAUACUAGAUCAAACAUUUGUCAAAGAUGCUAAGAAUGGAGGGAAAAAACCAGCUUAUCACAUUCACUUUCAAGGUUGGAAUAAUAGCUGGGACCGUGUUGUGGUUGAAAACCACAUUCUGAAAAAUGAUGAGGCCAACAGAGCUUUGAUGAAAAAGUUGGCUGAGAUAACAAAACGAUAUCGCAUCAACAGAGCAAGAAAUCAUAGAAUAGACCAGAUCUUAAAAGAAGCAUUUAAAGGUAAGCCACCUCUAAUGGACUACAGCAGUGAUUUCAGUGAUGACAAUGAUGAUUGUGAUGAUGAAGAAGACGACGAUGAUGAUGACGACGAUGAUGACGAUGACGACACUGAAGUUGACACAGAGGAUGAUGAUACAGAUGAAGAAGACAGUAGGAUGAGGGACAGAUCAACUAAUGGUGAUGUAGAUAUUGAUAGUGUGGAUGGCAGUGAGAUCAGUAGUCGAGGCAGUGGAAAAUCUGAGGACAAGAAGAAGAAGCAGACAGUGGAACUGGACAUCCCUGAAGUGUUGAAGGAAGUUUUGGAAGGAGAUUAUAUAGCUAUCAACAAAGAAUGUCUGUUGGUUCAACUCCCUGCAGAAACAAAUAUUGUAAAUAUCCUAGAAGGUUUUGUGAAGACAUUCUGUAUCAAUCUUCUAUGUGGCACACCAGAGAAAGGAAAGAUAACUGGGAGCACAUCAAACAUACCUUUUGACAGAAAUAUCCCACUUUGUAAAGAAUUGGUGGAUGGCCUGAGGAUCUGCUUCGAUCACACACUACCACUGGUCCUGUUGUAUGCCUCAGAGAGAGACCAGUACAGAAAGCUGCUUCAGAACAAGUUCAAACCUAACACAGAGUCAAAAACGAACAGCUUGCAGUCACCACUGAUAAAGACCCCGUUAUCUAAGACAAAACAGUUACAAGGAACAGUAUCAACUACCCCAGGUACGGGAGAUUCCUCACCCAAAAUUCCAAAACUCUCGCCAAAAGUGUUUAAGCGUGAAAAAAUUGAGUUCGAUGUUGCUCCAAAAUCAGAAGAGGUAACUCCACGUAGACUCACACGACAAGCAGCGCAGGACUCUGCUAAGAAAUAUCAGACAUUUUCACAGGAGGCAACUCCAUCAACAGAUGAAUUGGAUAUUGAAAGACGAGGGGAAGUUACUCCAAAUAAACGACGCGAAUCUAGACGGAGAAAAUACAGUGAAAAUUUGAACUCAGCUGCUGUAAAGGCUGAGUGUGGUUAUGAAGGUGUUGAGGGGGGAGGUUCUGGUGUUGUGUCUCGCCGUGCAGACCCUCCACCACCCCUCCUCAUCCCAAGUGUUAUUUCUAAUCAGGCAUCUGGACAAGGAAGUGUGGACAGUAGUGGGGACAGUGUUCAGCAAACUGGACGUGAAAAUAUUGUUGAAAAUGUGCUGGCCUGGAAACUCCUUCCUGAUAAAGAAAGAACCAAGAUUCCACCUUACCCCUCACUGGUGUAUGGGGCACACCAUCUACUCCGCCUCUUUGUCAAACUGCCAGAACUGAUCCUGAGUAUGGAUAUGGAAGAGCAGAAAUUGAAGGCCUUACAGACUUUACUGGAAUAUUUCAUGGAUUACCUGGUGGAAAGAAAAGAUGACCUCUUCCCAGAUGUGUCGUAUGAAGCGCAUCAGGUCUGAAGAAUAAAAGGAUCCCCUGUGUCCAAAUAUGACCCAUUUACAGCUGAUGGAAGAAAUGAAUGGCUGUUCUAAAAAGUGUGAAGUGAAAAAUAUAAUAUUAUAUUGUCUUACAAAUUACAAAUCAUGGCUUUGAUCCGUCUAGGUAACAGGAAGAGAGUUGAGUAAUUUCUGGAAAUGAACUUCCUGUUGUCACAGUAUUUUACAGGGAACAGGUUCUGUAGUGUUAUCAAUAGUGUGAGCAAAUUAACAUCAUAAUAUCAUUAAUGUUUCCAGCAUAUUGAAUGUGGUAUUUCUAAAAAGUCAGCACACAGCAGCUGUCAGCUGAUUUGAUAUAUAUGAAACAUUUUAAGUAUUAAGGUCUGUAUUUGUUUUUUUUUCUGAUCUGAAUUCCUCUUAUGAGUCUGUCACAUGUCUAGUCUUUCAAAUAUCUGUAGAUCAGGUCUAGAAAGUGUAAUAGAAACAUUUACAUGUAUGUUUGUGUUAUAUUAUACCAGCAAGCGUUGUUUAAGGGAUUAAAAAUGUGACACCUUACCAUUACUUAGCAUUAUAUCUUCAGUCAAAAGUUAAAGUUAUAGAUGUGAAGAAAAUAACAAUGCUCUGAGCAGUGAAAAUAAACACUACAUAUAUGUAAUGUGUUUAUCCAGUAAUAAGCCAGUGUCUGGUAAUAAGUCUAUCUAUGUAUAUUGCUAUGAAAUAAAUUAGUAAUCAAAUGCUUGCUCAUUGUCCUGUAAUGAGCCCACCCCAGGACUUUGAAUCAGGCUUGUCUGAUGUUAUGCCUUGGCUUUUUACCCUGUAAUAAGCUCACCCCAGGACUUUGAAUCAAGCUUGACUGAUGCCCCCCUUGGCUUAAUACUCUGUAAUAGGCCCAACCCUUGACUUUGAAUCAAGCUUGACUGAUGGUCCCCUUGGCUUAAUACCCUGUAAUAAGCCCACCCCAGGACUUUGAAUCAAGCUUGACUGAUGCCCCCCUUGGCUUAAUACUCUGUAAUAAGCCCAACCCUUGACUUUGAAUCAAGCUUGACUGAUGGUCCCCUUGGCUUAAUACUCUGUAAUAAGCCCAACCCUUGACUUUGAAUCAAGCUUGACUGAUGGUCCCCUUGGCUUAAUACCCUGUAAUAAGCCCACCCCAGGACUUUGAAUCAAGCUUGACUGAUGCCCCCCUUGGCUUAAUACUCUGUAAUAAUCCCAUCCCCUGGCUUUGAAUCAAGCUUGACUGAUGCCCUCCAUGGCUUAAUACUCUGUAAUAAGCCCAACCCUUGACUUUGAAUCAAGCUUGACUGAUGCCCCCCUUGGCUUAAUACCCUUUAAUAAGCCCACCCCAGGACUUUGAAUCAAGCUUGACUGAUGCCCUCCUUGGCUUAAUACUUUGUAAUAAGCCCACCCCAGGACUUUGAAUCAAGCUUGACUGAUGCCCCCCUUGGCUUAAUACUCUGUAAUAAGCCCACCCCAGGACUUUGAAUCAAGCUUGACUGAUGCCCCCCCUUGGCUUAAUACCCUGUAAUAAGCCCAUCCCCUGGCUUUGAAUCAAGCUUGACUGAUGCCCUCCUUGGCUUAAUACCCUGUAAUAAGCCCAUCCCCUAGCUUUGAAUCAAGCUUGACUGAUGGUCCCCUUGGCUCAAUACCCUGUAAUAAGCCCAUCCCCUGGCUUUGAAUCAAGCUUGAUUGAUGCCUCCCUUGGCUUAUUGCAGAUAAAUAUAGCAUAAGACCAGCUGUAAUUGUGAAGCCAGUAUUUGUCAGGAGAUUGGUAUCAUGAAAGGGUUAGUUGCAAGUUUCAUUUGCCCUUAGGUUGCUACUUUUUAAAUGUGAACUAUUUAUUAAAUGUAGAAAAUAUGUACCAAUCAGUUCAGUUCUAACAGCCUUUCUGCUGCUCCUCAGUUCUGGACUGUUCAGUCUGGUAUAUUAAAAUACCAUGCAAAUCCAUAUUCAACUUUCCCAUAUCCUAGCAACCUUCGUUAUAUGUUUUUGUUUGUGAAAAAGUGUAUUAUAAUGAAUGCCAAAAUAAAUACAAAACAUGAAUGUGUCCUGUUGAUAUGUAUUAAAAAAGAAAAAAAAACUUUCAUUUCCUGUCACAUGUAUCAUCACAUUCAUUGUACUGGAUGUGUACAAAGUAUUUUGACCUAGAGAUGAAAUCUUUAGAAUGAUUGUGGAAUGAUAAGAGAAGGCGACUGUCACUUGUAGCUAUUAUGAGUCAGUGUUUGUUACAAAUAGAGGAGCCAUUCAGUACAAAAUUUAAACAAUACUGAAAGACAGGCAUUUUAGUUUUAAGAGACCCAGAGACCCAUCACAUUUUCCAGAGACACAUCAUGAAGCUGUAAGUUUAAGCUAAGUAAGAAGAUACCCAAAUUGUUUUUAAUAUUUAUGAUCAGAUGAACUUCAAGCAUAUGCUUGUUGCAGCUGAUAUUGUAUUCUCUGAAAUUGUAAAUAAGGAAACACGUUUCAUUUUAAAUUGAAGCAUAAAUCAUUUCAUGGGUUUAGAUUUAGACUUUUCUGUCAAAAAUCUACAUUGAUGGAUCUGAAGUCAAGGAUCAUGAAAGUAUACUUUUAAAAUACAAACAUUGUACUUUAAAAACUGAUUUUGAAAAAUUCAGAUUGUAGCAUUUUAAAGAAAUAAUUUUCUUGAUGAAGAAAAAUAUCAUUGCAAUGGAUAGUUCAGUAUAUAGUGAAAACUUGUAACUUCUGACAUUUUGUUUUAAAUAUGACAUUAUUGGACUUGAAACAAUACAGCAAAUUUGAAUUUACAUGUAUAUGACUAAAUCACAGUCACAAACAAUUCAUUAUGUUUUAUUUAUUUGUUCAAAAGCUGGAAGCAAGGAAAAAUGUGUCAGAUAGACUUAACUGAUGCUGGUCAUUUUGAAGUUAAAGAGUAUUGAAAUUGGGUAUACCAACAAUUUUUCUUUUUUUUUUCUUCUUCUUUUUUUGUAACAGUUUUUAGGAUUUGGAUUAUAUAUAGAAACAUGUACAUGCAUUGAUUUUCUUGGUUUUAAGACAUUGUUUCCAGGACAUUUGUCUGCUGUCAACACUGGAUUUUCAAAAGGUAUAUAAAUUUUGAUUAGAAUUAACAUCAUACAUUAUUCUUGAGAUGGUUAUGUAUUCAGGUAUCCUAAUACUGACAGAUUAAGAGAAUUGAUUACUGACACGCAUGUAUCAGAAAAAAAAUAACUGGACAUGUUUAUUUGUUGACAUGAAACUGGCUUUCAACACUUAUAGUUAGGUAUACUUACAGACUGUAAAUGGCAGUUUAAUCUAUAACUUGCUUUUGAUAAUUUGUUAAUAUUUUUCUAAUGUUAAGACUUUUAAAUUCAUGUUUCUUGAUAUGUAUGUACUUCUUAACUCACCAAGCUUGAGGAAUAAAUGUCUUCUUAUUUC